AAUUAACGAUUAGAAAAAUUUAGUUUACUGAAUAAAGUUUGGGAUGUGAUAUACGUAUAAUGUUUUUACGUAUAAUGUAAUUGUUCCUUUUAGUAUAUGUAAUAAUGUUUCGUUUUAAAUAAGAGGAUAAUUUAUAUACAUGGUUACGUAUAUAUGAGAGCGAAAGUUACGAUAUCGAUACUUCUAGAAGCACAAUUACAUUUACGGGAUGACCUAUUGAUAGAACAUGGUAUUUGUCACGUAGGCAGUCCACAUAAGAAUCAGCGCCUCUGUAGAUAAUGUACAGAACUUUAGUUCUGCUAUUUAAGGUCAUCAUGUUGAGUAGUAAAGUCAAAGAUGUACUGGACACCGGAUGUACAUUUGAAAAAAUUGUGUAACACGAGAUCAAAAUAAAGAGAACAUAUACUUAGUAAAAUAUUAACAAGAAAGUUGUACUAAAUGUUCCAUAUACUUGUGAAAAUAUCUAUCGAUGUUUUGAUUCACCUUACGGAGUUUAUGCGAACUAAAAAGUACAGUUACCACUGAAUGACGUGUUGCACAUAUUUUUUGAUUGUAAAUUGUAAAUAUAUUAAAACUAGGUUAAUUAGGUAACAUAAUAAACGUGUAGCCAUGUCGGACGAAUUGAAAUUAGAUCACCGUGCGAAAAAAAGGAUCAAAGAGGUUAAAAGGAAAGCUAGACCAGAACUUGGUGAUAAGGCUGCUUGGAUCCAACAUGGCUAUAGUAAAAAAUUUGAAUCAUUUUGGAAUUUCAUUGAUAAUGUGGAUCGUAUUGACGAAUCUAAAGUAUCUACAGAAGAAUUUAUAGAAAAAUAUGAGAAACCUUACAAACCUGUGAUAAUACAAGGUGUUCAAAAUGGUUGGAAAGCCCAAUAUAAAUGGACUAUAGAGAGAUUAGUAAAAAAAUACAGAAAUCAAAAGUUUAAAUGUGGUGAAGACAAUGAAGGAUAUAGUGUAAAAAUGAAGAUGAAAUAUUAUGUACGCUAUAUGCUUAAUAAUGAAGAUGAUUCACCUUUGUAUAUCUUUGAUAGUUCCUUUGGUGAACAUCCUAGACGAAAAAAAUUACUAGAGGAUUAUGUUAUUCCUAAAUAUUUCCGCGAUGAUUUGUUUCAAUAUGCUGGAGAACAUAGAAGACCGCCAUAUCGUUGGUUUGUUAUGGGACCUGCUAGGUCUGGUACAGGCAUACACAUAGAUCCAUUAGGAACAAGUGCCUGGAAUGCACUGAUUUCUGGGCAUAAAAGGUGGUGUUUAUUUCCUACACAUACUCCGCGGGAACUUCUUAAGGUAUCUGCGGCUGAGGGCGGUAAACAAAGAGAUGAAGCUAUUACAUGGUUUUCUGUUAUUUAUCCACGUACAAAAUUGCCUACCUGGCCACAAGAUUGUUUGCCAAUAGAGAUUUUACAAAAUCCUGGUGAAACUGUUUUUGUUCCUGGUGGUUGGUGGCAUGUUGUUUUAAAUCUUGAUGAAACUAUAGCAGUUACUCAAAAUUUCUGCUCCCGUACGAAUUUUCCAGUAGUGUGGCAUAAAACAGUACGGGGGAGACCAAAAUUAUCACGUAAAUGGUUAAAAGUACUCAGGGAUAAAGAACCAGAAUUAGCAGCAUUAGCUGAAACUAUAGAUGUAAAAGAAGAUACAGGUGUUGCCAGUGAUUCUUCUAGUGGUUCUUCAAGUAGUUCUUCAAGUACUAGUAGUAGUAGUCAAUCAGAAGACAGUGCAGAUGACAGUGGUCAAGAAUCAUUGACAACACAUAAAAAGAAAAAAAGAAGAAAACUAAAUAACAGCCAACCCUGACAAUACCAAGCAUAUGGGACCUACAGAGACCUCAGACUGUACAGUAUUAACCAACAAUUGUUUGUACUAAGAAUAAAUAUUAUAAUUAUUACGAUCUUCAUGUUCAUAAUAAAAUAAAUGCUAGAUAAUACCAAA